AUGCACACAAAUCAAAACUCAAUGAUUGAUCAUUCAUACGAUUCUCCACAUUAUCAAACAAUGACAAAUCUACUUUCUCCAUCCUCUUCAUCUUCGUCAUCGUCAUCCUCCACAACAACGGCAACUACAAUUAACUAUAGCAAUCAUCAUAAUCACCACCACCACCAUCACCAUCAAGAUCUCUAUCCUUCAUCUAUCUACCAUCAUUCAUCCGAAGUUAUUGUUACUCCACACCGUUCAUCUCUCCUAAUACAACAAAAACAACGAAGUCAAAUUCUUGAACAAACAGAUUCGGAUUGUGAUCUUGAUAGUUCAUCAUCGUCAUCAAUAACAAAUUCAUCGAAACUGAAAAAACGACGAGCUAAUCUACCUAAAGAUAGUGUUCGUAUAUUGAAAAAUUGGCUCUAUGAACAUCGUUACAAUGCCUACCCAACGGACGAUGAAAAAGCCAAUCUAUCUCAUCGUGCUGAUCUAUCUAUCAAUCAAGUUUGUAAUUGGUUCAUAAAUGCUCGUCGACGAAUUCUACCUGACUUACUGAAAAAAGAAGGAACCGAUCCGAAAAAAUUUACCAUAUCAAGGCGUUUUUCACGUGAUCAAAAACGUUCAUCACCCUCGUUGUCGGCAAUGUGUUCGACUAGUGGAGAAAAUACAUCAAAUGAAAUAUCGUCAGCAGCAGCAGAUAUUAAUCUUCUUGUCGAACGAAGUUCCUCACCAUCGUUAAUAUUAACAAAUAAUUCAAGUGUUCUAAAUAAACAAUCGUCAUCAUCAUCAUCAUCAUCAUCCUCAUCAUCCAUCGAACCUUGUUAUACAACGAGGCAUCAUGUUCUACUAAAACCUAUACGUGAUCCAGCUGUUAUCAAUUUAAUAUCAAGUGAACAACAAACACGUCUCGCUUGUCCAAAUGAUUCAUUAAUAACAACGACGACGACGAAUAGUAGUUCUACUGGUGAUCUAGCCGGUUUUCAACUUCUUGUCGAUGUAGCUGUGAAGGAACUACAUCGGAUACAACAGGAUAGCAAUAGUGGUCUGCCACUACUUUGCAACUAA